UAUGGUAGGACCUGUAGUAAUUUGAGAUUAUUUUACAUCUCUAAAGAUGGUUUUUCUUCUUCUUUUCUUUUCAAUUAAAGCUUCAGCUAAAGUGCACAUUUUUCUUCUAUAUGAGGCUUUAUGUACACUGAUAAUCUGAGACUGGAAUUGUUUAGAAUUCUAUAUUUUUGAAAGAAGCUCUUGAUUCCCAAUUAUGAUUUCAGAUGAUGAUGUGGCACAGCUGCAAAGAAAGCCUCUGUUUUGGAAGACUGACUGGAGUUUCAUUAAAUGCCCAGUUUCCACAAGUUUUAUGCUCUACUAAAUUCUUCAGGCCUUUUGUGUACUGAGAAUCUAAGAGUGGAGUCGUAUGUGCAUAGAUUGUACCAAAGAAAUUAUUCAGCAAAUGGUGUGGUGUGCAUAAGAUACUUGAAUAAGUUUUUAUCAUACACUGAUUUAGACCAUCAACGAUCACGAAUCUGACUUCCCUAUUAGAGUAAUGGCAGGUAAUGUUUUUAAAGUGCAAUUAUUUUUCUUUAUUUAUUUUCUGCAUCUUCAGGAAAUAGUUAAAAUGGCUCAUGCUCAUGAUGCUCUUGUCUUGGUGGAUAACAGUAUAAUGUCUCCUGUAGUGUCACAACCUCUGGAACUAGGAGCUGACAUUGUUAUGCACUCAGCUACCAAGUUCAUUGCUGGGCACAGUGAUGUGAUGGCAGGUGUACUGGCUGUAAGAGGGGAAAGAUUAGCAAAAGAGCUAUGCUUUCUACAAAAUGCAGAAGGGUCUGGGUUGGCUCCAUUUGAUUGUUGGCUCUGCUUUACGAAUUGAGAAG